CUGCACUUAGCACUGAGCCCAACCUUCGUGGAUCCCUUACUGCAGUUUGAAACCCAGCUGAAGAUAAUAGAGUCAUCCUUUAAGAUGGUAUUUGCUUUACCAAGUCUUGAGAAAGUGAGGGAAAUGGGAAACAGUGACAAUGAAAAAGAGGACUUGGAGAAUUUAUAUCAAAAUAUUCUCAACAUAUUUGAGGACACUCUUCUGAUCUUAGUGUCUAAAGACCUCUACAAACUUCAAAUCUUAAAGGACAUGGCUGUGUGGAUGAAUGAAGACAGCUCGUACCUGCAGGAGAGAAUUGUAGUGAUCAUCAGCAGGGUGCUAAACUUCGCAUCCAGGAGAGUCAAGGGAUAUGGAAGUGUUGAUGCUCCAUGUUUGGGUGUCCUGGCAGCAGAACUGUCUCUUCUGUGUUGCCACAAUGAUCCCUUAAUCACCCAACAAGCAUCCUCAGGAUUGUAUCACCUCCUCUGCCUUGCAAAGUGUCAGAAUGCGGAUACUGAAAAAAAUAGAUCCAAAACGAAUGAUAAGUCUGGAAAUCACUACCUCAUGCCUACUCCCUCUGAUAUAGAAUUCCAACCUAAGGUCUUGCAACAGGACAAAACUAAAAUUACCCAGAGUGUAGGACACACCCUACUGCCAUCCUUGCUGACUGAUUUUGUGUGGAGUCUCUUGAUGAAACUCUCUUCACCUAAUCACAUAACCGCAUUCAAGGCAUCAACCAUGCUGAAACUGACCCUGGAGUAUCACGCGCAUAAGGUCACCAUGGUGUCUAAGAUUGUGGAUGCUAUUUAUAAGCAAUUGUGUGAAGAUUCUUCCCACAUCAUGAAGCAUGCUAUGUUGCGGGUCAUCACCUUGUUAACCCGUACUUCACCAAAGAAGGUUAUCUUUCAACUUAUGGAUUACCCAGUCCCAGCAGACAACACUUUGAUACUGAUGUGGCACGCGGCAGGUUCUGAGUCAAGUGUGGCCCCUCAUGUGCUGAAGACAAUCUUGUUGAUACUGAAAGGAAAGCCUGGAGAAAUUCAGGACAGCUUCAUGGAAAGAAGACGUUUCUCUCUUGAUCCUACUAAUAUGAUGCCUGUAGUGGCAUCCCAGGCCCUGUGCACGUUGCUGCCUGUUUGUUCUUACAAGAAAGUGGUGGCCCAGUUUUUCCCCCAGCUCUUGAUGGCCCUCAUGCUUCAACUCUUCUACAGCAGUGACCUGAGACUGAUGACAGAGAACAAGAUGUUCUAUGCCCGGGAUGCCCUGCGAGUUCUGCUGAAUUGUUCUGGACUACAACAGGUGGAUAUUGCUCUAAAGAAAAAGAAUUGCUGGAACCAGUUUAACCAAACUCAGUUUUACCAUCACGGGGUCUACCUUGUUGCCAAAACUCUCAGUGACUAUAACUUUCCACAGUUUCCAGAGACCUUGCAUUAUCUCUACAAGCUCUCAGUGGAAGGUCCUAGACGGUCAGAAGACAGUAUCAUCACAGUAAUAUUCCUCACUGAACUUCUGAAUAACUUCUUCAAGGACCCGUUCCCAGAAGAAUUUUUGGUUCUCUUCAGAAACUGGGUCAACGACUCCAAUCCUGCAGUUUGCAAGCUGAGCCUUCAGAAAAUCGCCAGCAUGGCUCCAGUUAUCAAUGAGAUAGAAAAUGUCUGCAGCUUAUUAAUAUCCAUCUUGGAUGCCUUCCUUUCAAAAGACAAAACUGUCAUAAUUCGGGCCUUAAUCACCCUUCGAAGACUUUUAGUCAAACUGGACAAGGUGACCUACUCUUCUUUGUGUGCUAGAAUUGCAUCCAGCUACUGUCCUCUGAUGGAUCAUAGUAAUGCAGGCAUUCGGAGUAUGGCCAUUCAACACUUUGGUGAAUUACUCAGGGACAUGAGUCAGUACACAUGGAUGCUGAAUGAUGUGGUUCUUGGAGGCUUGGUGCCUCUGAUUCUGUUUUUGGAGGACACAGAAACAAGAGUAGUCCAAGCGUGUAAGUAUACAUUAGCAGUCUGUGUCUCGGAAUUAAAUUGGCCGACAUCGUAUUUGCUCAAAGACGAAUUUUACAAUUUCGAGGUGGUGGUGCUCAACAUUUGUAACAGUCUCCUUACUUCUCAUGAGAGCUACAUUACAGAUUUGAUAUCUGAUACCUUAGGAUUCCUGAGAAGCUCCCGAGUAUAUCUGAGGAGAGCAUCAGUUAUUUUAAUAGGGUACUUGGCAAAAUUAGGUGGCCAUUUACUGCUCAAAGAUGAAAUUGCAGUCAUGCUUGAGGCUAUUGACCGAGUGCUUCGGGAUGAAGACCCUGUGAUCAGGGAGUUGGCAGAAAUAACCUACAAAAUAUUCCAGGAAAUAGCCCAUAGAUUGACCACCUCAAAUCUUAAACAAAUCUUCCGAAGAGUAUUUAACUCUAUCUACACAAAAAAACUGAAGCCUCUUUAUAAAUAUAACUGGCCCGACAACCUGGCAGGCAGCCCUAUGAGGAUUAAGGAAACCAAGAAUGACAAGGAAGUCCAUGCAGAUGAGAAUUGUGAAUAA